AUGAAGCAAUCGAAGGAUCCGUUCGAAGCCGCGUUCGAGGAGUCACCGCCAGAAUCUCCGACGGAGACAGAGGGGGAAUUAAUCCACAACCAUAGCCAUAACCCUACUCCUUCUCCUUCUCUUCUACCCCUCAAUCCACGCCCUCCUCAGAAGCCCACUGCGGUGGUCAAGAACAAAGACAAGGACAAAGACAAAGACAAAGACAAGGACAAAGACAAAGACAAAGACAAGGACAAGGACAAGGACAAAGACAAAGACGAUGAGGAGGAGGAAGAAGAAGACAACAUGGACGUCGAGCUUGCCAAGCUCCCUUCCACCGGCGACCCUCACAAAAUGGCCAAGAUGCAGGCAAUUUUGUCGCAAUUCAGUGAAGAGCAGAUGAGUAGAUACGAGUCCUUCCGGAGGGCUGGGUUUCAGAGAGCUAAUAUGAAAAGGUUAUUGGCUAGUAUCACUGGGACCCAGAAGAUUUCAGUGCCAAUGACUAUUGUAGUAUCAGGCAUUGCAAAAAUGUUUGUUGGUGAAGUUGUUGAAACAGCUAGAAUAGUUAUGAAAGAGAGGAAGGAAUCUGGACCAAUUCGGCCUUGUCAUUUGAGAGAAGCGUAUAGGCGACUAAAACUUGAAGGAAAAGUCUUUAAGAGAUCAGCAUCGAGGCUCUUCCGGUAA